AUGCGAGAUUCUGGCCAAGUUGGAGGUGAUGGCUGCUGCAAGACGAGGACGCAAGAAACCGGAUUUAGGACAGUCGUCUCGGCCGAAUGGGAAGCGAGCCCAGCCCAGCCCAGCCCAGCCCAGCCCAGUCCAGUCCAGUCCGGCCAAGUGCAGCUAAGCCUAGCCAGUUUGGACGGUCAAAACGAGGCUUCGCUAGGCAUCCCAACAAAAGAACAGAGUUGUUGUGAACUUAUUACUUUAUGA